AUGACUGUUGACACAACUCCUUCCAAGCUCCGAGUUGCUAUUAUAGGAGGGGGAAUCGCUGGUCUCGCAGCAGCGGGGUUUCUUCGGAAACAUCCCCAGUAUAUUGUCACCGUCUACGAGCUCCGGAGCGACGAUUGGAAAGAGUCAUCCGCGGCGCUCGGGCUCCAAACUAAUGGCACCUCUGUCGUCGAGCAACUGGGUAUCACCCGAAAGGAGAUCCGCGGGGACACGGGCUCCGGAUACCGGACAUAUAAUAUUCGAGAGGAACAGAUGAGCACAGGCCGGGUGGCAUUUCGUCCGGAUGGAGAGACCGGGUUUUGGUUUGUCCAUCGACAGGAUCUGAAGGAUGCCUUAUUGCGCAGAGUCACAGGUCUUGAUGGCGAGGGCGAACCAAUUCAAGUGAUGUAUGACAGUCAUAUUGUGGAAAUCGAGCCAGAGCUUGGAAUUUUGAUGUUUGCUGAUGGAUCAUCUGUUGAGGCAGAUCUAAUUAUCGGUGCCGAUGGUAUUCAUUCCAAAGUCCGUAAGACCGUUAUUCCAUCCUCACAUCCAGAGCCUUCCCUGUGUGGACUUUGCGUGUACCGCUUUGUCGUGCCUAUGGAUGUUCUCCAAGACAUCAACGGCCAAAUGCCGAAUAUACUCACCCUCGAUAAAGGCAACUUUGUAGUCAUCAUUGCUGCCGGCGAUGAAGGCAACCGGAAUAUGGUGAUUUACCCAUGCCGCGAGCUUCAGCUUAUGAACUUUGUCUGCGGCGUCCCAGACACGAGUCCUCGGGUAUUGGCCCAGCUUAAAUCCACUGGCAGCCACGAGAGCCUCGUAAAUGAUAUGAUAGAAGAAUUUGAAGGGUUCCCUGGCUGGAUUUUGCGGCUUUUCAGUCGCACUACCCUGAUCGAACCCUUCCCGGUGAUUGACCAGGAGCCUCUGCCCACGUACGUGAAAGGCCGGACCAUGCUGAUUGGGGAUGCUGCACAUGCCAUGACACCGUACCAGGCACAGGCGACCAACCAAGCUCUUGAGGAUGUCGAAGGUCUCAAUGCAAUACUCGGGGAUGCUUCUAGCCGUGAUAGCAUUCCAGAUCUUCUAAAGAUAUGGGAUAGCAUCCGUCGACCACACGCCUCGGUAGUUCAGAGUGACUCGCGGGAUUCACAGGCUAAGGUUUCGACGACACAAUCAAGUGAUAAGUUUUUGGGGUUCAAGCCGUAUGUGCCUAUGAUGGAAAUUCUUGCACGACUUUCGACGCAAAGGGCGGGUAAUGUUGUACCGUAG